UGGACAACACCUGCUCGACUCCUUCAUUCAAGUGACACCAGAGCUUCCAGGGAUAUUUGAGGCACCAUCCUUUCCCUUUCUGGCCACUUUGAGCACUUGCACCAGCCCUGAUCACAUGCUAUCCAGCGAGCAGAUUACAAGAAGAACAGUAGCCUCCAUUUAUACACCCUUUGAAAAGAAACAGAGGUGGGAAACCCACAAAGGUCUCCAGUGUGGGGUUGCAACCAGGAUCAUGUGUGCAGAGCUGUUAAGUAAAUUAGUUACCCUGGCGUUGGUAUUUGCAAGCUUUGAUCCAGUUUUGGGCACAGAAGCCACCAAUCCGCCGGAAGGUCCCCAAGAGAGAGCCCCUCAACAAAAAGGGCGGCUGUCUUUGCAAAAUACAGCUGAAAUCCAGCACUGCCUGGUUAAUGCUGGCGAUGUGGGAUGUGGAGUGUUUGAAUGCUUUGAAAACAACUCUUGUGAGAUCCGAGGCUUACAUGAGAUCUGCAUGACUUUCCUACACAACGCUGGAAAAUUUGAUGCCCAGGGAAAAUCCUUCAUUAAAGAUGCUCUGAAAUGUAAGGCUCACGCCCUGAGACACAAAUUCAGCUGCAUCAGUCGCAAGUGCCCUGCCAUUAAAGACAUGGUGUUCCAGUUACAGCGGGAGUGCUACCUGAAACACGACCUCUGCUCUGCCGCCAAGGAGAAUGUCCAAGUCAUUGUGGAUAUGAUUCACUUCAAAGACCUGCUGCAGCAUGAGCCAUAUGUCGACCUAGUGAACAUCCUGCUCACAUGCGGGGACGAAGUGAAAAAGGCUAUCACCAGAAGUAUCCAGACCCAGUGUGAACAGAACUGGGGAAGCCUCUGCUCCAUCCUGAGCUUCUGCACCUCAGUCGUGCACAGCGACUCCACACUAGGUCCUGAGAGGAAGCCAGGUGAAGCCACCAAAGCCUCUACCAGCCGUGGGGACAUACUAGUCCACCCUGAGUCUGACCACAGGGAGAGCUCACGAGCUGCCAAGGGGGAGAGAGGUGGCAGGGCUCACUUGAACACCCACCCCCGGGUUAAAGCUGGAGCUCACAGCCCCAAAGGGGCACACGGGAUCAUUGAGCGGGCAGAAGAACUGUCCGACUUCUCCGACAUCCGAAGGUGAAAGGAGGCACCAGCUCAACCCUCCCCCUCCACCAAAACUUCCUCCAUUGAGUCCAUCUUCUUAGCUAUGGACAUUCCAAAACCUUUAUCAGAGGGGUGAUGUCAAGCACAGGGCAUUGUGGGAUAUGUGGACUUCAGUGAUAGUGUAUAGAUUAGUAGAGGGAGAGCAGUGGUUCUGGGUUAUUGAUUGUCUCCAGAGAAUUGGAUACUCACAUAACCAAUGGGCGAGACAAAAAUGUUAACCCCCCCCCCCCUUUUAAA